CGUUAUCGCCCAGCUCUGAUCGAUAGCGCCAUCGAUAGUUUUGCACGGCUAUUGAAAAAUCCGGUUUAACUAUAGUUCGUUGAUUCUGAGUGUUAUAAACAAGAUGGGUCCACCAAAGAAGUCCAAAAAAGACCGUUUUACAGGAGAUAAAUUUGGAAAGAAGCGUCGUGCUGAAGAUGAGGCAUUUACUCAGUUAGUAGAGGAUGGAGACUCUUUGACCUCCGACGGUGCCGCUGAGUUGGAUGGAGUACCAGUGGCCGCAUCAAAAAAUGUGGAAUCCAAUGAUGAUGGUAUAAUGUCAGAUGAGUAUGGCGCCAAGGAUUACCGUUCGCAAAUGGAGUUAAAAAUUGAUCACGGAAAUCGUCCAUUAUGGGUAGCCCCAAAUGGACAUAUAUUUCUGGAAUCAUUUUCCCCGGUCUAUAAGCAUGCUCAUGACUUCUUAAUUGCUAUUUCGGAACCUGUAUGUCGCCCGGAGCACAUACACGAAUAUAAGUUAACGGCUUACAGUCUGUAUGCAGCCGUUUCGGUUGGAUUACAAACACAUGAUAUUAUUGAAUACCUCAAGCGGUUGAGUAAAACUUCUAUACCCGAAGGAAUUGUUGAAUUCAUAAAGCUGUGCACCUUAUCUUAUGGAAAAGUCAAAUUAGUGCUUAAGCACAACAGGUAUUUUAUUGAAUCUCCACAUCCUGAAAUUCUACAAAAACUCCUUAAGGAUCCUGUCAUUCAACAAUGCCGCUUGAAACGCGACGAAGGAGAAGGAUUCAUUCAGGAAACUCUAGAUGGAAAAGCAAUUACGCAAUUUGGAACUAAAUUGCCGCCCGGCAGUGAUAAAUCUGCUGCAGCAUCGAAUAAUAGCAGUGACCCUUCCGGGACUACCCCAGUAGCUGCAAUACCUAACCAGCCUGAUGGUACUGCAACCGUUCCAGAGGAUAUCACAAACUUUUACGAUAAAAUCGACAACGAAGAAGAAGAUGAAGACGAAGCUAACCUGAAGACAGUAUCAUUUGAGGUAAACCAAGAAAAAAUCGAGGUAAUACAGAAGCGUUGCAUUGAAAUAGAACAUCCAUUGCUGGCUGAAUAUGACUUUCGAAACGAUACUCACAAUCCGGACAUAAAUAUAGACUUAAAACCAGCUGCGGUUCUUCGGCCUUAUCAAGAAAAAAGUUUGCGCAAAAUGUUUGGCAACGGUCGCGCCAGGUCGGGAGUAAUUGUCUUACCUUGCGGUGCCGGUAAAUCACUUGUUGGUGUAACGGCCUGCUGUACCGUGCGAAAACGCGCGCUAAUUCUUUGCAACAGUGGUGUUUCCGUAGAACAGUGGAAGCAACAGUUCAAAAUGUGGUCCACCGCAGAUGAUAGCAUGAUUUGUCGCUUUACAUCUGAAGCCAAAGAUAAGCCCAUGGGAUGUGGCAUACUUGUGACAACUUAUUCGAUGAUAACGCAUACGCAAAAGCGAUCUUGGGAAGCUGAGCAGACUAUGCGCUGGUUGCAGGAGCAGGAAUGGGGCAUUAUGGUAUUGGAUGAAGUACAUACUAUACCCGCAAAGAUGUUCAGGCGGGUGUUGACUAUUGUACAGUCUCAUUGCAAACUGGGUCUGACAGCGACAUUAUUGCGUGAAGAUGAUAAAAUCGCAGAUCUGAAUUUUCUCAUCGGACCGAAGCUUUAUGAAGCGAAUUGGUUAGAGCUACAGAAAAAAGGCUACAUUGCGAAGGUGCAAUGUGCUGAGGUAUGGUGUCCUAUGUCCCCAGAAUUUUAUCGUGAAUACCUAACAACGAAAACAUCAAAAAAAAUGCUUUUGUAUGUAAUGAAUCCGUCCAAGUUUCGCAGUUGUCAGUUUUUGAUAAAAUACCACGAAAAGCGAGGUGACAAAACAAUUGUAUUCUCGGAUAAUGUUUUCGCUCUCAAACACUAUGCUAUAAAGAUGAACAAACCUUUCAUUUAUGGGCCCACUUCACAAAAUGAAAGAAUUCAAAUUCUCCAAAACUUUAAAUUCAAUCAAAAGGUCAAUACAAUAUUUGUAUCGAAAGUUGCGGACACAAGUUUUGACUUGCCCGAAGCAAAUGUACUUAUACAAAUAUCCUCACAUGGCGGGUCCCGACGUCAGGAAGCUCAGCGUUUAGGCCGUAUUUUGCGCGCCAAAAAGGGUGCCAUUGCUGAGGAAUAUAAUGCAUUCUUUUACACACUCGUGUCCCAAGAUACUCUGGAAAUGAGUUAUUCGCGCAAGCGUCAACGGUUUCUGGUUAAUCAAGGUUACAGCUAUAAAGUAAUAACCCAUUUAAGUGGAAUGGACACUGAUCCUGACCUAAUGUAUAAAUCUCGCGAGGAGCAAUCGCAGCUGUUGCAACAAGUGUUGUCGGCCUCAGAUUUGGACUGCGAAGACGAGAAGGUGCCCGGCGAACCAGGCUAUCGACCGAGUGGGGCAACAGCAUCCAAACGUUCUGUUGGCCUAAGUUCAAUGUCAGGCGGCGAUGAUGCCAUUUAUUAUGAGCAGCGCCGACGGAAUGCAGGCGCAGUACAUCCACUUUUUAAGAAGUUUAGAGGUUGAACGUUAUAGAAAUUAUAAUAAUAAAAAAAGGUUGUUUCGUUAAAAAAUUUUU